AUGGCCGCUUCCACCCUGUCUGUCUGCUCCAGCGACCUGAGCUAUGGCAACCGCAUCUGCUUGCCCGGUUCCAGUGACUCUUGCACCGACUCCCAGCAGGUGGAUGACUGUCCAGAGAGCUGCUGCCAGCCCUCCUGCUGUGCCCCCAGCUGCUGCCAGCCCUCCUGCUGUGUCCCCAGCUGCUGCCAGUCCACCUGCUGUGUCCCCAGCUGCUGCCAGUCCACCUGCUGUACCCUCAUCUGCGCCCCAGUGAGCUGUGUGUCCAGCCCCUGCUGCCAGGCGACCUGUGGGCCCAGCCCCUGCCAAUCAGCCUGCACCAUCUCCUGCACACCCUUGUGCUGCCAGCAGUCUGGCUGCCAGCCCUCCUGCUGCUCCUCCUCCCCCUGCCAGCCCUCCUGCUGUGUGCCCGUCUGUUGCAAGCCCGUGUGCUGCACACCUGUCUGCUGUAAGCCCGUGUGCUGCACACCUGUCUGCUGCAAGCCGGUGUGCUGCACACCUGUCUGCUGCAAGCCCGUGUGCUGCACAACCUGCCCCUCGUCCUGCUGCAGACCCUCCUCCUGCAUGUCUGUCAUCUGCCGCCCUGUGUGCAGACCCGCCUGCUGCGUGCCCGUCUCCUCCUGCUGUGCUCCCACCUCCUCCUGCUGCCAGCCCAGCUGCUGCCGCCCGGCCUCCUGCGUGUCCCUCAUCUGCCGCCCUGUGUGCUCCCGCCCGGCCUGCUGUGUCCGUGCCUCAGCCCCGAAGUCCCGCUGCUGA